UAUUUCAACGACGGAGCUUCCACCGUUUGAAGGGAGGCACCGUUGGGUCAUUGUGUCCCUAUUUCACUACUAAAUGCUGUUUCAGCAUCCCGUCGCGAGAUCUCUGGUCUAGGGGUAGCUCAUCUCAUUCUUUCGGAGAUGAGUCAACUGGGUAUGAUGCUGCAGGAAUCGUUGCGAGCUGAAACGGAGGCAAGAACCAUUCUGGGCCUCUUAACGGACCAGAUGGACGGCGUUGUCCACACAGGACAACGCAGAAGGAGAACUCUCAAGGACCGCUUCAGAUUCACCGGAAUGGGUUGCUGCGGUGCCACCUGGGUUUUCCGUCCCUCUCCCCUAACCCUCACUACGCACGCUGCACACCAACAAGAGGCGCCUGAGGCUGGAGCUGCAGUAGCCGCAUCACCGCCGCAAGAAACGGACCCGGGUCAAGAUCCGAACCGGGACGGGCCCGAAUGCGAACGGCCCUCUACGGGGAUGAAUCUGGCUGCGGCAUUGGCGGCGGAGCGUGAAUUGCGGGGUUCGCAGGAGGAGGGGGAGAGGGAUGUCGUGGGAUCGGAGACGCCAUGGAGGAUGUCGCUGAUGCGGCUGCUGGAGGAAACGGAAGGAGGAGGGGGAAGGGGUGGUGGUGGGGAUAGUGAAGAAGGGGGUGAUUGGGUGUGCUGCGUGUGCAUGGGGCGGAAGAAAGGCGCGGCGUUCAUACCAUGUGGACACACGUUCUGCAGAGUGUGCUGUCGAGAGGUCUGGUUGAACCGGGGCACCUGCCCUCUUUGCAACCGUUCCAUUCUAGAGAUUCUCGAUAUCUUCUAAAAAUCUGAACCGACCAACCAUUUCUUUUUUUUCUUUCUUGGAUCCCUCACCUCCAGCAUAACAGAUACUACCACUUCAAAAUUUGAAAUUCCCUCUCCCAUCCUUGUCAUCUCUCAUCUAUGUAUGCUGUUAUUUUGUCUCUUUAUAUUACUCUCCUCUUAGCACUCGCCAA